UACAGUGUGUGAUAAAUCGUUUGUAGGAAACAAACGAGAAUAAAUGGACGACAUAGAGACGUCCGAAUGUUCGGUUGACGAUUAUCACGAGCUGACUGCCUCCGACGAAUACCAUGAAUUUCAAUGUUCAACGUGCCAGAGAGAAGGGAAAAACAUGAAAGCAGAGGCGUAUUGUGUAGAAUGUGAUAGUUUUCUUUGCCAGACAUGUUUGAAACAACACACUAAAUUUGACAGUAUGAAGAGUCAUCAAAUCUUGAAGACAUCUGAAAAUCUGCAGUGUUCUGAUAAAAGGAUGAAUAGCACUUUGGAUUUACCUUCGCAAAGGUGCGAGGUGCAUCAUGGGAAACUUGUUGAUAUCUUCUGUCAGGACCAUAAUGAAGUUUGCUGUGGCGCAUGUGCAAUCAUUAAUCAUAGUUCUUGCUUACACAAGUUGUAUAUACCUAAAGUAGCUAAAGAUGCAGACGUGAUGAAAGAAGCAAAAGAUGCCGUAAUAGAGAUAGAAAAGGUGAAUCAUCAGGCGAAACAUAUGUGUAGUGAAAGACGUCAUCUUUUUGCAAAUUUGAAAGCACAGAAAAGUAAUCUUUCCAGCCAAAUAACAAAAAGUACCAACAAAAUAAUCAACCAUUUCAAAACAUUAGAAUCGAAUCUCUUAUCUGAGCUUGAAGAUAAGGUAACUACAAUUGAAGAAGAUGUACAAUUAGAUAUAAACGACACGGAUAAAGUAAUUUCCACCCUACAACAUGAAAAUCGUCUUUUAUCUAAACAUAUAGCUGAAGACAACAUUUCUACACUGUUCGUGCAACUAAAACUUGCGGAGAGAAAUCGACAGAAAUGUGUUAACACUUUAAAACACAUGAGAGCAUCCUCGGAGAAAGUUAUUGAAUUAUCAAUGAAUCAUCGAGCCGCUGAUGUUGCUGAUACCAUCAAAUCCCUGGGUAGCAUUGUUGAAAAUAAAACAAUAAAGACUGUCGGUCUCAAUGGUGAUUUUGAUGUGAGAGGUCGAAAUGAAAAAUCGGUAUGCGAUAUUACAGAUAUCAUUCAACAUCAUGAUGGCACAAUCUAUAUCACUGAUUUUGAGAACAGAAGUCUUAAAGCGCUGGAUAGUCAAUACAGGGUCACCAACUGUCUGUGCCUGCCUGGUCAACCAAAUGCCAUGUGAUUUGUAGGUGGUUCUAGUGUAGCUAUAGCGCUCACUGAUGUCAAGUUCGUUCAGUUUGCAGGCCUUACCGGGAAAAUGGCAUUGUCGUCGUCAUUCAGCGUACGAGAUAAUUGCCGUGGAAUUGCUCAUGUAAGCGGCAAUAUUUACGUUACCUGUGGUGGAAAACAUAAAAACGGCGAGGGGAAAGGUGUACUUUGUGUUUACACUUUAUCAGGAAAAAUGCUUAGGCUUCACGAUAUAGACUUGUCAUUACCCAAACAUAUACAGAAACACGGAGACUUUUUAUACAUUGCCGAUACAUACAAAUGUUUGGUGAUUAUGACACAUGACGGAAGGGUGCGACAAAGACGUAUUUUCAAAGACAUAGAUAACUUAAAAGGAAUUUGUUCAGGUCCAGGAAAGCAACUAUUUCUGUGUGGUUAUAAUUCUAACACCGUCAUCUUGCUAUCAGAGAACAUAUAUCAAAUAUGUACCAUUGAUGUUGAUGGCAUAACGAUACCACAAGCGUUGUGCUUUGACCAUCAAAAGUCACGAUUAAUUGUUACUUUGGAUUCUUCAGAUACCAUAAAGGUUUUAGACUUGGCAUUUGAUUGAUCUUAUCACGGUUCGUUUCUAGCAGAUCAAUAUGAUCUUCCGUAUGAUAUAUAUAAACUAAACACUUUUGCAAUUCAUUUGUCUCAUACAAUACGCAUGAUUGACAGGCAGCUCAAUAAAUGAUAACUUUCAAGGUCAAUUCUUAAGAUGUGCAUGGAUUGUUUUAUCCUACAUAAUAUGUUGAUAUGUUCGCCAAUAAAGAUCAUUAACUCUUAAAUUACAUUGUUACUAGGGUCUUUCACAGAGAAUUGUUCAUAAUCUAGUGGUUAACAAUGUUAAUUCAAACCCUGCCUGGGACUAUUAUUUCUUUCGUAUGAGAAUGCCAUCAAUCUAGCAUAUCGAUGGUCAGUGCUGCUUCUAGUCAAAUUUUCGCUUGUACAUGAAAAUAUUUACUGAGUGGCUCUAUCUGAGAUCUUCCUGCACCAUUUAGGCUAGAAGGUGGCUAUAUGACCUUUACAAAUGUUCUUGUGUCUAAAUAGUAAAUAAAUUAUUCAAUUGUUAUUACAUUGAUACAUUGAUACAUUGAUAGCAAAAACAAUAGAUAAAAUUAAAGAACGACUAGAUUUGAUUUGAUUUUUUCAAGUUUAACGCACACAACAAUACGAUGAGAUCACAUUAAAAUGAAUACAAGAGCGAUCAGUGACCACAUGUGUCGCCACAUGAUGGCCAAUUUUAUGUUGCAGCUUCAGUGUAGUGGAAGACACAAAAAUGAUUAACAGGGCAAAACAUGUUAUAUAUUCAAGGGCGAUAACUCAGUAAAAAAUCAUUCAACUGGAAAACUUGUGUAAUAUAUGCGCAUAUACUUGAGCUACUGAUCAAUCCUGAAAAGUUUCAUUGAAAUUGCAUUAGUGGUAUAAGAGAAGUAGUCCGGACAAACUUUAAAAAUGAAAAUUAUUAAAGGGCCAUAACUCUUACAAAAAUCAUUGAACCGGAAAAUGCUGACAAUAUGCACAACUAGACUUGGUACUGAUCAUUCCUGUAAAGUUUGGAUGAAAUUGUACCAGUAGUUUAUGAGGAGUAGUCCGGACAAGUUUUGUGACGGACAGACAGACGGACAGACAGACGGACAGACAGACGACGGAGAAGUGAUCGGAGUAGUGGCGACAUAAAUUCCUGUAAAGUUAGGAUGAAAAUGCCCCAGUAGUUUAUGAGGAGUAAUCCGGACAAGCUUUUGUGUAUCUGGCAACACACAGAAAAAACACAUUUUUAUCAAAGGGCCAUAACUCGGCCAAAAAUCAUUCAACCGGAAAACCUGCACAAUAUGCGCAAGGACUUGAGCUACAUAUCAAUCCUGUAAAGUUUCAUUGAAAUUGCAUUAGUGGUAUAAGAGAAGUGGUCCGGACAAACUUUAAAAAUAAAAAAUAUUAAAGGGCCAUAACUCUGACAAAAAUCAUUGAACCGGAAAAUGCUGACAAUAUGCACAACUAGACUUGGUACUGAUCAUUCCUUUAAAGUUUGGAUGAAAUUGCACCAAUAUUUUAUGAGGAGUAGUCCGGACAAGUUUUGUGACGGACGGACAGACAGACGGACAGACAGACAGACGACGGAGAAGUGAUCCCUAUAUGUCGCAACUACUCCGUAGAGGCGACACAAACAUACGACAAUUUCAGUUGUAUGAUUUCAGCUUAUCAAGCCCAAGCUUCCGAAAGCGGUCAUAAAACAUUAAAUACAAUUUGAUAAGGAGUAGAAGCAAACACAAACUGUAUAAUGAAUAUACCUCUACUUGUGCUGGACGACAAAUUUACAUCAUGUAUAAACAAUAAUAAAUACAAUAACUAUA